UGUCUGGAGAUGACAACCAAAAGGAAGAUCAUUGGGCGUCUGGUGCCCUGUCGAUGCUUCCGUGGGGAGGAGGAGGUCAUUUCCGUGUUGGACUACUCUCACUGCAGUCUGCAGCAGGUACCCAAGGAGAUCUUCAACUUUGAGCGCACACUGGAAGAGCUCUACCUGGAUGCCAACCAGAUUGAGGAGCUGCCUAAGCAACUCUUCAACUGUCAAGCUCUCAAGAAACUGAGCAUGCCUGACAAUGACCUCUCCAACCUGCCAACCACCAUUGCCAGCCUUGUAAAUCUGAAGGAGUUAGAUAUUAGUAAAAACGGUAUCCAAGAGUUCCCCGAUAAUAUUAAAUGCUGUAAAUGCUUAUCAGUCGUGGAGGCCAGUGUAAACCCCAUAACCAAACUCCCGGAUGGCUUCACCCAACUCCUCAACCUAACACAGCUCUUCUUAAAUGAUGCCUUUUUGGAGUACUUACCUGCCAACUUUGGGAGAUUAUCCAAAUUACGGAUCCUGGAGCUACGGGAAAACCACCUGAAGACCAUGCCAAAGUCAAUACACAGACUGUCGCAGCUGGAGCGAUUAGACCUGGGAAGCAAUGAAUUCUCUGAACUGCCUGAAGUCCUGGAGCAGAUACACAAUCUUAAAGAACUAUGGAUGGACAACAACUCGUUACAGACAAUACCAGGGUCUAUAGGGAAACUGCGGCAGCUCAGGUACCUGGAUUUAGCCAAGAACAGGAUCGAGACCCUGGAUGCUGAUAUAUCUGGGUGUGAGUCCCUGGAAGACCUCCUUCUUUCCUCCAACAUGCUGCAGCAGUUACCUGACUCCAUUGGAAUGUUGAAAAAGUUAACAACUUUGAAAGUGGAUGACAACCAGCUCACCUCACUGCCUAACACCAUUGGAAGUUUAUCACUUCUAGAGGAGUUUGACUGUAGCUGUAAUGAAUUGGAAUCCCUGCCCCCAACCAUCGGCUACCUCCACAGUCUCCGAACAUUUGCAGCUGAUGAGAACUUCCUGACUGAACUACCCAGGGAGAUUGGAAACUGUAAGAACGUGACGGUCAUGUCCUUGCGCUCAAAUAAACUGGAGUUUCUGCCUGAUGAAAUUGGACAGAUGACAAAACUACGUGUUCUCAAUCUGAGCGACAAUAGGUUAAAGAAUCUUCCAUUCACUUUUACAAAGUUGAAAGAUCUUGCUGCACUCUGGCUAUCUGACAAUCAGUCCAAGGCCCUUAUCCCCCUCCAAACGGAAGCCCACCCAGAGACCAAGCAGAGGGUCCUCACCAACUACAUGUUUCCACAGCAACCCCGGCAUGAUGAGGAUUACCAGUCAGACAGUGACAGCUUUAAUCCCACUCUCUGGGAAGAGCAGAGACAGCAGAGGAUGACAGUGGCCUUCGAGUUUGAGGAUAAGAAAGAGGAGGAGGACAAUUCAGGAAAAGUUGAAAUUAACCUAAAGCGUUACCCAACACCCUAUCCGGAGGAUCUGAAGAACAUGGUAAAGUCAGUGCAGAAUCUUGUUGGAAAAAGUACUCACCCGCUUAGCACAGAAAAGUGCUCAUCUGGCACAAACAUGGAACAUCACACCAAGGACGCAUAUGAACAGCAUACAAAGUGGCCCAUGGCACCGAAGGAGGUAAAGACUUCAGACUCGCUUGGAGGCUCACCAAAUGAUAUUCGUAUAUCUGACAUGAGACCCACCCUGGUAGAGCCCCCAAUGUACAAACCAAAGGUUGUAUUACUGGGUAAAGACAAAAAAGAGUCUACUGAUGACUCAGACCCAGACAAAAUGCACUGCUUGAACAACAGUGGCUCUUCAGCCACCUACUCAGACUACUCCCCUUCCCAGGGUUCAUCUGGAUCCUCCAAUCCUCCCGGCAAUGUCACCAAUUUACAGACUACAGGGAAAGAUGGAGCACCCCAGACACAUUGGACAAACAGGCUUGCUCAGUCCUUCCCCAAACCCAUUGAGACCAAGCCACUGCUCAGCCAGAGAGAGACGCCACCCUCCAGCACACUGCAGCAGCGAGGUGAGAGGCGGCCGCUCAGUGACACUUUCGACAGCUGGAAUGAAGCCCCCCACUAUGACAACACAGGUUUUGUGGCAGAGGAGACACCUCUGGAGACACCAAGCAGUAGCAGUGGCAAUCCCAUGCUGGGAUCCAAACCUCGGAAUGCUUCGACAUCGCAUGGGCGGAGGCCCCUCAUGAGACAGGAACGUAUCGUGGGAGUCCCUCUAGAACUAGAGCAGUCAUCACAUUCUUUUCACACGGUACGGAACACUCCAGAAUCUGAAGUGCCUGGACCUCCACCACCAAACCCAUGGCAGAACUGGACAAGGACUCCAAGCCCCUUCGAGGACAGAACAGCUUUUCCCUCAAAGUUGGAACUCACUCCAGCAAACAGCCCUAACCCUGACCGCAAGGACUUUGACCAGGAGAUGAGUGAAUUACCUGGCUCUUUCCCCUCGACAGGAGCCUGGGGGUUCCUGGACUCCCAAGACUCAGGGACAGGAAGCGGAAACCCCAAUAUAUUCACACAUAUUCAGGGUCGGAAAGAACCAAACAAGAGUACCACUAUGGUUCCUAGCAGGAGCUCUGAAAGACUCUCACCAAUGAUGAAGGAAGUUAAAGCAAAGUUCAAGAAGUCCCAAAGUAUUGAUGAAAUCGAUUUCGGAUCCUACAAGGUAUAUAGCAUUCCUUUAGACAACUACAGUUCCAGCAUAGAGAAUCAGGGCAGUGUGGACAGACAGGACCUACCUGGACCUAUGGAGCAAAGCAUGUCUAGGAGUCAGUCUGCUCCCAUGCUUGACGAUGACCUUGAUGACUUCAGCACCAGUAAGGCCCCUCAGCAGAAGCCCGCAAUUCCAAAGAAGGUUUACCAUUUUGAUCAAAGUUUCAAUCCUCAAGGAACCAUGGAGGUUGUGAAGCCGGACAGAAGAGUUCCUCCACCUUUCCCCAACACUCCAGAGUAUGUCAACCAACCAGGCAAGACUGCUCCCAAGGAGCUUGUCAGCCCCAGAGGUUAUGGCCGUUAUCCAAUGGAUUCUAUGUUCCCCUUUACUCAACCCAGUGUUAAUGAGGAUGUAGCUCCUCCACAGUUCCCUCCCCAGAGGUCCAGGCCAGGGUUCCUGCGACGAGCAGACUCUCUGGUAAGCUCCACGGAGAUGGCGCUCUUCCGCAGGGUCAAUGAAGCCCAAGAGCUCCAGCUGUCAGAGCACUACAACCGACCGCAGUUCAAAGGUAUUUUGGACCAUCAGAACAGCCUGUCCACCAUGGCAGACACCCAAUUCCACAAGCGGAAUGGUAGGUAUGAAGAGGAAUACUCAUCUUACCAAGAGCCCAAAAAGCCUAUCAUGGGUUACCCCACUAAGAGCCUGACGCAACGACGACCCUUGUCUGCACGGAGCUACAGCACAGAGACAUAUGGGACAUCCCAGGCCAGACCCGUGUCCGCUCGACCCACCAUGGCUGCCCUGCUGGAAAAGAUGCCAUCAGAUUACAACCUGAGCACAUGUACUGAGAAGAGUGCCGACAUAGACAUGAAGCUCAGACCUGUUCCUCUGAAACCUGAGGACACCAUUUCUAAGAUGCCAGUAGAUUGGAGACAACAGCUUCUCAGACACAUAGAAGCUAAAAGAUUAGACCGGACCCCUUCACAACAGAGCAAUAUGUUAGAUAACGGACAAGAUAUGGUUUCCCCGAGCAGUCAGUGGGCACCGUACUCACUGGGAAGGAGAGAUGUGCCACCAGAAAAUAUCAUCAAAAAGGCUGCUGGUCACAACCCCCACCAAACGCAGACCAUGAUCAUCACAUCUGCCUCUGCCACGCCACCUCUCCGCACGACAAGGGACCAGCAGUAUGAAGGUGCCAUCAACAAGAUUUCCGUCCAGCAGUACCAGACCCCCCUGCCCAUGCCCGUCAACACCACCAGCCCCCGGCCACAAAGUGCACGAUGCCUCAUCCAGACCAAAGGGCAGAAGAGCAUGGAUGGCUAUCAAGAGCAGUUCUGUGUUCGCAUUGAGAAGAACCCUGGCUUAGGUUUCAGCAUCUCAGGAGGAAUCAGUGGACAAGGGAACCCCUUCAAGCCUUCAGACAUGGGUAUCUUUGUUACUAGGGUACAGCCUGAUGGACCUGCCUACAACGUCCUACAACCAGGGGACAAAAUUUUGAAGGCCAAUGGACAUAGUUUUUUACAUUUGGAACACGAAACUGCUGUGUCUCUUCUGAAGAGUUUCCCGAAAACUGUGGACUUGGUAAUCUUAAGGGAGAGCACAAUAUAA